UUAUUUUGGUUUUAACCCAUUCGGAUAAAUGACCGAAGUUUUUGGUGUCUCUGGCACCGAUCUGAAACAAGUUUUAAAUCGGUGGUUUCCGCUCAUAUCCAAGAGAAGGAUUGUACAAGAUGACCAUGGGGACCGGUAACGAUCGUGGGAAGUUGAGUUGGGUUAGUAGAUUUACCUGAAGUUUCCCCUGCCCAUUGAAAGUGGCAGGCAGACGUCCAGACUAGCGGUCCACUGUGAUUGGCUGGUGCUGUCAACCAUUACCGACAACGAGAUUGUUGUGAUAUUCGUCUGCCGCACACGGAUCAGUUGCUCGCAUUCUUCUGCAUGACUCCUGACCGCUGAAAGCAGCCUAGCAAAGGCUCGGACCACAGCGGUAUUCAACCCUAUGGCAAGCUUGUCUGUACCUUCUCCACCUGUGGUGGGCAAAAUAACACACUUCUCAAUAGAGCUGUGCUGGGAGGAAGCCCUAAAGAAGUCCUAUGGUGAUUUUGGAACGAAUACCCCCAUCUACGUUGCCAUUCAGGAAAGUGACAAGAACAAGGACUGGACCAACGUGUACAUUGGGUCCACCAAAAAAUACGUAGUGGAGAAUUUGGAGCCAAAAACAGAAUACCGCUUCAGAAUACGUUUUCAGAAAAUGAAGGGUGAACCGCUCAGUGAAUGGAGUGAGCCCACGUAUGCUACAACUGCAAGGGAGCCACUUUACAGCCAUGAUAUACACAGAGCUCUCAUGCAGGGAAACCUAGAGGAUAUGGAGACAAUUCUUCAAACUAGGGAGGUCAUGGUGGACGUUAUGGACUCAUUUGGAUUCACACCUUUGAUGCAUGCUGCAAAGUUAGAAUUUUUCACUGCAAUGGAAAUGCUGAUACAUUAUGGUGCUGAUGUAAAUUUCAAGAAUGAAUCAGGAAAAACGGCGCUGAUGAUGGUGUGUGCUGCUGGCAAACUUGAGACUGUCAAAGUGCUGAGAAAACACAAAGCACGCUAUGAUAUGUUUGACAAUGGUGGAUGUAGUCCCAUACACUGGGCAGUGGACAGCAACAACUAUAAACUGAUUGAGUGGAUAGGAGAAGAUGGCGGAGAUCUAAACCUGCAAGACAGAGGAAAAGGAAAUUGGACUCCUCUCAUCAGAUGUGCUUGUCUCCAUGGAAACCGAACUUUCGCACUGGCAUUGAUAUUGGGUGGUGCAGAUAUUCACAUAACUGACCAUGAUGGAUCCACUGCUUUACACCAUGCUGUCCUAAGAAAACAUGAAGAGUUAGUGAUUCUCUUGCUGCAGCGGAAUGCCAACCCAGUACAGCCCAACAGGGAAUUAAACACUCCCUACGACCUAGCACUUGCGCUUGAUGACAGACGGUACAUUGCUGGCAUCAUGUUACCGUAUGUGGAGAAAACUAGGAAAUACCAGAAGAGUAGUCCAAGAAAAGGACUGACAGAGAUGUCAACAACAGACACAUCACAAGCAUUAUCAGUGAUGACCGCAUCAUCAAUAUCAGUCACCCCAUCGUCAUCAGUCGGCACACAAUCCAGCCAGCAACUUGUCCAAGGUCCUUCAGGCGUCUUCUAUUAACUGAGAUUAAAGUGCAUACAAAAAAGA